AUGGAUGUCAUUGCGAGCGGAACGAUGCUCACAAUGUCCUUGAUCUUCGCUGCCAUCUCGUACUAUCACUCGAAUUUGCUGGAAGUCGAUCCAAAAGUCGUCGAUCAAGGCGACAAGAUUUUACGGAAAUACGAUUUCAUCGUGAUUGGCGGCGGAUCUGCCGGAUCUGUGGUUGCAAGUCGUCUCAGUGAAAUCCCGCAUUGGAAAAUUCUGUUACUCGAAGUUGGGCCUGAUGAAAAUGAGGAAACGGAUGUUCCUGCGUUGACGGGAACUCUGAAAUUGGGUCCUUUGGAUUGGAAGUACAAAACAGUUCCGUCGAAUUCGUCGUGUUUGGGCAUGAAAGGACAACGUUGCAAUUACCCACGUGGUCGAGUUUUGGGAGGCUCGAGCGUUUUGAAUAACAUGUUGUACGUUCGUGGAAAUCGUCACGAUUACGAUUCGUGGGAACGGAUGGGCAACAAGGGAUGGGGCUUCCAAAGUGUCCUGCAUUACUUCAAAAAAAGCGAAGACAAUUUGAAUCCUUAUAUUUCGCGCAGGAAGAAAUUUCACAGCACCGGAGGAUAUUUAACGGUUCAAGAAGCGCCAUGGAGAACGCCAAUAGCGACAGCUUUCAUUCGUGCCGGAGAGGAAAUCGGAUACCCGAAUCGGGAUAUCAAUGGAGGAACGCAAACGGGAUUUAUGUUGCCGCAAGCGACAAUGAGGCAAGGAAGUCGAUGCAGUGCAGCCAAAGCAUUUUUGAGACCCACGAGGAAAAGACCGAAUAUGCAUUUCUCGUUGAAUUCGCCAGUGGUGAAAAUUCACAUCGAUCCUGUGUCGAAAAAAGUGAAAGGAGUUCAUUUUGAGAGGAAUGGAGAUCCAUUUUAUGCCGAAGUAGCGAAGGAAGUCAUUUUGUCAGCAGGUGCGAUCAAUUCUCCGCAACUUUUGAUGCUUUCGGGAGUAGGACCUGCAGAGCAUUUGAAGAAAUUCGGGAUUCAAGUCAUUUCGGAUUUGCCUGUGGGUGAAAAUUUGCAAGAUCAUGUCGCGAUGGUUGGAUUGACAUUUUUAGUUAAUAAGCCAAUAUCGAUCGUUCAACCAAGAUUUCCUCAAGCAAGUACCGCAGCGGAAUACGUUUUGAACGGAAGAGGUCCCUUAACGCAUUUAGGAAAUAUCGAAGGAAUCGGCUUCGUCAACACAAAAUUCGCUAAUGCCUCCAUCGAUUGGCCCGACAUGCAACUUCACAUGAUGGGAACAAGCAUUGAUGCCGUCAAAAGUUACACCAUGGGUCUCAAAUCGUCAAUUUUCAAACAAGUUUUCGCUCCUUUGGCGAAUUUCGAUUCUUGGAGCAUCGUUCCGACACUUUUGCGUCCCUUUUCUCGUGGAACAGUUCGUUUGCGUUCGAAAAAUCCCUUCGACAGUCCCUUAAUUGACACAAAUUUCUUCGCUGAUCCACGUGACAUGAAAACUCUCGUCGAAGGAGCCAAAAUCGCCUUAGCUGUCGCUGGAGCGCCCAUUUUUAAGAAAUUCGGAAAUCGAGUGCAUUCAAUUCCUUUGCCGCCUUGCAAGCCCUUCAAAUUUCUCUCUGACGAAUAUCUCGAGUGUCACGCCCGAACUUUGACCCAAACGAUUUAUCAUCCCGUUGGAACGGCAAAAAUGGGUCCGAAAAACGAUUCGAGCAGCGUCGUUGACGAACGAUUGAGAGUUCAUGGCGUCGUUGGAUUGCGAGUCAUUGACGCAAGUAUCAUGCCGAAUAUCGUGAGUGGCAAUACGAAUAGUCCAACGAUCAUGAUCGGAGAAAAGGGCGCCGACAUGAUCAAGAGAGAUUGGCGCGAUAGCAUUAAAGUGAAGCUGAAACGAGUUGGAUGA